AUGGGCUGCAGGCCCAAGAUCUCGGCCUACUUAGCCUCCGCAUCGAUCCUGUCAAAUCAGGCAACGGCUACAUCCCACAACCAAGGUUCUGUAAGAAGAAGAGUGAGAGUCUGUAAGAAGAGUGGCAUAACAAGAACAAGUCAGAGGUUCUGUAAUCAAACCAUAUUCAUCCUCUUCACAACCCAUCCAACGGCUACUAGUCUCCUUUUCCGGCGUGAUUCUGAUUCCAAACGGAAACCACCGUCUCGACGAGUCAAGAUUCCGUCACGGCUGAGGUGCUUUUGUCAAAGCUGGAAACAUUCUACCUCAUAUGUCAACACCAAAUGCUGGAAACAUUCUACCUCUGUGAAACUGUCCCCAAAAGAGAGUUACAGCCAUUGGGAAUCAGUGCCUUGCUUAUCGCUUCUGACCUCACCUAAGCCAAUGCUUACAACAACAAGCAGAUUCUGGUGAUGUCUUUGAGAAUGGAUUGGGAAGCGACUGAGUUUGGUUUCGUUGUUGACUCUACACGGGUAUAGAAUAUGGUUCGUAAGCAAGCAGAUAUAGUUCUUUACAUUUUACUAGUUGUGCUCCACAUUUGCGCCAGUCAAUCACAAUAAGUGGCAAUGGAACAGAGCAGAGACUAUGUUUGUAGUUUUAGUCUCUUUGCUGAAUUCAUCUCUCUGUGAAACUUGUUUUUCAAAAUCUUCCUUUCUCUGCUUUCUAAAAUGUUUUUUUUUCUUUGUCAAAAGCUUUUGGUUUUGAGGGGGGGGAGAUGCUAUAUUAAUGGACUGAGUAGUGAGACACUUGGGUGUAAACAAAAUAGAACGGAGGGUCUUGUCUUUGAAGGUUAUCGAUCCUACAAUUUAUUUGCCAGUUUUACACUUUAUGGUUCCUAAUCAAUCCGGCAAUUAGCAUUUUUCCCCCCUCCUAUUUUCAGUGGUUUUCUUCAGAUCUUUUGCUUGUUUGCUGUGUUAGUAUGUUCUCUUGUUUUCAUGUAUCAUUUGUUGUAUGUUUGUGUGUUUACUUGUUACCUGUGUUUGCUUGUUUGUUUGUUCUCUUGUUUUCAUGUAUCAUUUGUUUUUUGUUUUGUAUGUUUGCUUGCUUG